ACUACUAACUUCAUAAUGAGCGCUUUUGCUGAUUCUACUAACAUUAUCGCUCAUGAUAAGGAAACGAUCGCGAAGAAUGUCGACUCAACGGGCGAAGAGAAAGUCGCAAUGACUAAUGUUGCUGAAGAGACUACUCCAUCCACUGAUUCCGCCACUACUAACGAGAAGACUGCAUCGGAAAACUCUCCAACCGAAGCUGCAGCCUCCGAUGUUAAGGAUGUUGCUGAAGCAUCUACUGGUGCUCAAGAGACAAACACUUCGAGUGAAACUCCAGCCGUGGUUGAAGACGAAAAGGCUUCAAUGGAAGUGUCAAUUGGUACUUCAAUCGAAGAUUCUGAAACUUCCCAGAAAGAGAUUGAAGGCGAACUUGUAGUUCCAGAAAACCCAGUCGAGGAGAUUUCACCUGAGCAAAAGAGAAAGAGCCUCUCGGAAAAUAUCAUUGCUGGGCGCCGCUUCAUGAGGACUGAUGUUUUCGACAAGGCCGUAGACGUACUCAGUGUUGCUGCUUCCAUUGCUGCUGAAGUUUUUGGAGAUGCUCAUGAGGACACCUUUGAAGCCAACUUCCUCUAUGGAAAGGCCCUUCUUGAAGUUGGAAAGCUGGAGGAUAGAGUGCUAGCCAACGCAUUGACCGACGUUCCAAAGAUGGCUGAGGGAGAGGAAGAAGUUCAAGACGGCAUCGUCGAAAACCCUGAAGAUGUUCCACAAGACGAGCGAGCUGAAAUCAAGCAAAAAGUAGAAGAAGCUCUUGGAGUCGCGUCCGAGGAGCCUGAGACCGUUGCUGACGAGGCUGUCAAGACAGAACAAAAAGAAGCUGAGGAGGACAGUGUGGAAAAGGAUGUUGAGAACUCCGACGAACAAAAUCAGGAAGAAGAGGAGGUCGUCGAGAAUGAGGCUACGGUGGAUCCAACGGAAGACGUAGAGAUGGAGGGUGUCGAAGAAGUUAAUGACGAGAAAGAAGUUGGACAAACCGCAGAAGUUGACGGUGAAGCCGAGGAGGACGAUGAAGCCGAAGACGAUGAAGCCGAUUCAAUGAAGUUGGCUUGGGAACUUCUCGAGACUUCUCGUUGCAUUGCUGACAAGAAGGCUGCUAGUCUUGCAGCCGAAAGCACUGUGGACGGGGAAGCCAUCAAGAUGUGGAAGUUGAAUCUCGCCGAUGUCCUCACUUCUCUCGGAGAGCAUGGAAUUGCUGAUUCCAAGUAUGAACAAGCACAAAAAGAUUUAACCGAAGCUAUUUCGAUCCAAACGGUGCAUCUUCCAGCAACUUCUCGUGUUAUUGCAAACACAACUCAUCUUCUGGCUAAGGCCUUCAGCUCGGACUCGUUAUUCGAACAGGCUGCAGCUCACUUCAAUGAUACUAAGAAUAUCCUUAUUGCCAAGUCGGAGGAGUUGAAGAAGCAGUUGGAGACUGUCUCGGACGACGCGAAGAGUGAUAUUCAGUCUGAAAUCAAGGAGUUGGACGGGAUCAUUCCAGAACUUGAUGCUUUCAUCGUUGAUGCUCGUGCCUCUGCUGAACAAACCGAAAAGUUGAAAUCAGAUGCCAAGAAAGAACUCGAAGGAGCUGCUGCUAUGCUUGCCAAGGUUGCUGAUGUAACUGAAGCUACUGACAUCAGCAGUAUGGUUCGUCGUCCAACUAAGCGGCCAGCUUCCGAGGAGGCUCCAGAGGAAACCAAAAAGCGCAAAUCGGGAGAUGGAGUCGACGUUGCUGUCGUCACCGAGGAGCAGGUCGUGGAGUCGACUGAAGAGCCAACACCAAUCAACGAAUAAUUCGUCGUCUUUCUCUCCAAUUUCUUGCCAUAAUAUCACAACGUUUGGUCUCAUUUUUCACCACUCACCAGCCAACCAUUCACUUUAAAUCUAUGUGGAUUUAUAGUUCAUUUCCAUUGCUAUUAUGUAUUCAAAUUGUGCUAUAAAAUCGUGGUUUGUUU